GCGCUGCCCCCGGCGCCCCCCGGCCCGGAGCCGCCCUCCAGCGGGAGAGCCCUUCCAGCUGCGGCACUGCUGAGGCAGGAAACCUCUGCGAGAAGUGCCGCCUCCGCCGACGCCCUUAAAGCCGGUCCCUUUCGCCAGGAGGGAGAAGAGGCUGAGGCUGGGAGAGGAGCAAAUUGCAGGGGAAGGUAGAGAUUGUGGCAAACUUUCUAGCUGCGUCUGCGUGCUGCUGCCUCACUGGUGGGAGUGUCUGCCCAUAAGGAACUGCAGAGCCCAAACCCAGGAGCCCUGAGGCUCCAAAAACGACUUCCAGCCGCCUUUGGAGGAAGAACUGCCAGCAGUGCAAGAUUUUGCAUAUACGGCUGAGUAGAUAAUUCAGCUCUAGAAGAAAGAUUUGUCUUCACAAAUUCCUUUGAAAGCACAAUGGAUGCAUUUUAGAGUUCUACAGAAGUCAUCUAGGAACAAGAAUAUUGGACUUUGAGGAAUAACAGAGUUCAGGGAGCCCAGAAAUUGGUCACUAAUAAAGCCUCUUUGGCCAUACAGCUUGGAAAUGAGUACCAUUGAGACAGCAAAGCUUGAAGAGCACAUGGAGGGUCAGCCAAAUGAGACUUCUAAUGGCUACUCACGACCUACUCUCUCAGUCAGUGAAGAGAACAAAAAUGGCACCAGCAAACCAAAGGGCUUGUCUAAUGGCUUGCGAAAAACAACAAAGAAGUAUCCUGAUUACAUCCAGAUUGCUAUGCCUGCUGAAUCUAGGAACAAAUUUCCUCUGGAAUGGUGGAAAACAGGCAUUGCCUUUGUCUAUGCUCUCUUCAACUUGAUUUUAACAACUGUUAUGAUCACUGUAGUCCAUGAGAGAGUACCUCCAAAGGAGCUAAGCCCUCCCUUGCCUGACAAAUUUUUUGAUUACGUUGAUCGUGUGCAAUGGGCUUUUUCUGUAUCAGAAAUAAAUGGAAUGAUACUACUUGGAUUAUGGAUAUUCCAGUGGUUGUUUCUUAGAUACAAAUCAAUAGUGGGACGCAGGUUCUUUUUUAUAAUAGGAACUUUGUAUCUGUACCGCUGUAUUACCAUGUAUGUUACUACCUUACCUGUGCCUGGAAUGCAUUUUCAGUGUGCGCCAAAGUUGAAUGGAGACUCUCAGGCCAAGGUUCAGAGAAUCCUGCGACUGAUUUCUGGUGGUGGUCUAUCCAUAACUGGAUCACACAUCCUGUGUGGAGACUUCCUGUUUAGUGGACACACUGUAGUAUUAACACUGGUCUAUCUGUUCAUCAAAGAGUAUUCACCGCGUCAUUUCUGGUGGUAUCACUUAAUCUGCUGGCUGAUGAGUGCUGCUGGCAUCAUUUGUAUCCUGGUUGCUCAUGAACACUAUACCGUAGAUGUCAUCAUUGCCUACUAUAUCACCACGCGGCUCUUCUGGUGGUACCACUCCAUGGCUAAUGAAAAGACUUUAAAGGUGUCUUCGCAGACGAAUUUUCUCUCUCGAGCAUGGUGGUAUCCAAUAUUUUAUUUCUUUGAGAAGAAUGUGCAAGGCUCUGUUCCUUGCAGUUUUUCUUGGCCAAUAUCUUGGCCUCCCAGCUGCUUCAAAUCUUCAUGCAAAAAGUAUUCACGGGUUCAGAAGACAGGAGAGGACAAUGAAAAAUCUACCUGAAGAAAAGAAGGAAAGCAUCUGCUCUGGUUUUUUCAUUUUUGAUUUUUUUUUUACCAAAACAUUAAUGCUGUAACCAAAGUUCUUUAAAAGACUGUAACUGAAGAAGUGGACCAAGCUUCUGUGCAAUUGAUGGAAAGACAAUUAUAGACACAUAUAUUGCAUUUCAGAUGUUUUCCUCUCAUCCAGCUGUACAGACCUAUUCUACUCUUCAGUGCUAAUGAAAUGCACCACUGAUGGGAUUUUUUUAUUAAAGAAAAAAAUGGAGCAGGAUUGUGCUUUAUUAAUGAGAUAGAGGUGCCAAAGACCACAGUAACACUUCCAUUACUAUCAUUCAUCCACAGAAGCACCCAAAAGUCUCCUCUUCAGAGCUCUGGAGUGUGUAAUGGCAAAAACAUGCUAACAUGUAAAGGCACGAUACUGGUGUAUUGAGGGGUAUAAAAAAAUAACACAGUUGUGGGAAGUGGUUUGUUGCAUUAUUCUUGCUAAUGUAGGUAAGGCCUUUGUGUGACUGGCACAGCUGGAUGCAAGUCUGACUUUUUUACACACUGUGGGUAUGAAUAUCUUAGGACCCUAAAAUACUACUUACCACCAUUAACUCCCAUGUAUUCUACUAUAUACCAGUUUUUACAUUUUUAUUAGUAAUUUUAUAUUUAAAUAGUUGUUACCUGAUGAAUUUGCAAAUUACAAACAGCUGCUAGCAUCAGAGCUCAAGGAGCCUAAAAUUUUAUUUUUAGUAAGAGACACAGUUUCAACAUCUGAAUCUUGAAUUACAGCUGGCCUUGUGUAUAUAGCUCUACAGUGCCUGUCAGUGUAUAUAGAUGCAGAUAUACACAAAAGCACAUACCUUAAACAAAAUUUUUUACUGGAAAGAGUAAUCCUAAAGUUCUUGAUGCAGGCGCAAGUUGUACAGUUCUCACCUGCUUGAGGAAUGCAAGGCCAGGUCCAAAUGGGGCUACAUUUAAAAUAAACAUUUUAAUUUUAGUAGCAAUCUCUUGCUGAAGCUAUGUAGCAGGUUUGCUUGGGAGCCAUAGUUCUCCAUUGAACUUCUCUUUUUGCCUUUUACCUCUUGACACGUGUUUCUGUGACUUACUUUAAAAAAACAACCAAACAAAAAAGUGCUAAGAUGAAAUAUCUACAACAGCAGCAUUUCUUCUAUUACAACAUAAAAUAAUUUAAUCUUAAAUGACACUGUGGUAGACCUCAAGAACAGAUUACCUUUUUUUCCCAGGGUUGCAGUCCAGCUGAAAUGGCUAUCUAAACAAGUUGGCUGAGAAUGGGGGAAACUACCAUGGGGUGAACAUGUAACAAAACCACAGAUUAACAGCUACCUGUUUCUUGUUGGUUUAUGUUGUUUUUUAUUGUCGUGAAAGCAAAGUAGAAAAUUAGCCCACCAUGUUUAGCCAUUUAUAUUCUGUAAUAAUUUCUGCAGUUACCUCGAGUAUUUUCAGAUAUUCACUUAAAACCUAAUGAAAAGAUAAAACUGCAUUGAGGUGAUACUAAUAUAAAUGAAAUGCUGCAUAUUUUAAGAAUGUCUUGAACUGAGUGACAAGUGUGAACACCAUUUAAAUAAUAACUUGUUUUUAAAAAGUCCAGGGUUAGUUAUAAAAUGAAAUACAGAGUAUUCAAAUAGAAUAAUUUUCAGUUAAGGGGAUCAUUUCUCUGAGUUGUACAUGAGAAUAUUUUUGUGCAUUUCAAGGAUUUUUGUGCAUUAUCAAAAUAAUACAAUAAAAAGUGUUCCUUUCAAUACAUUUUUGGAAAAACUUAGUUAAGAAAGAAAUUCUGCUGCGGUUUGGUUUUGUUAUUUAAAAUUCCUUUAGUAGACUGAUAAUGGCCCCUGAAGUUGUGUGUAUAUGGGCAUAUAUGUGCUUUCAUUUGCUUGCUUCUAGCAGACCUUGAACAGCUACAAAGCCAGUAUCAAAAAACUUUUGAAAAUCCUUUUUCCCUAUCAUAUAAAUGAAUCUGUUCAACACCAGUCAGUAGAUCUCCUGAGAUACUUGUUAUAACAGUACUACUUCACAGAUCAUAAUUUUUAAAGCUAAAGUCUAAGCUUUGUGAUACCUUAAAUAUGGUCAUGUUAAUCCAAUUGUAGUAAUACUAUCUUUUUCGAGUUAUGAAUGGGUUUCAUUAGUAGUCACUGUGCCUUGAAAAUAGCUUGAUGAAAAGCAUUACCUAAGAAGCUUAAGCAGUGGUUUUCAUCUGCUGGCUGUAAAAUAAACACUUUGACAGUGGAGUUUCUGUAAUAGAUCUGCAAAGCAGGCUUUCUUCAUGCAGGAUGAGGUGUUUGGGGUGUUUUACGCUUGUUCCUGUUUCUGAAGGAAAAGAAUGUCCAAGUGAUGAAAUAGAACCAAGUACAGACUCUGCUUUUGUUGGGCUGUGUGAGCUUUCAUUCUACUGCUGAAUUUGAUAGAGACUUCUAUUGUAAUACAACAGGAAAGUUUAAGUAGCAGCUCUAGCUCAAAAUACUUGAUUCCUGUUCUGGCUCACUCCUCCCUUAAGUAUUUAAUAUUUAUCCAUUGUAUGAAAGCUUUCAAAGGGAUAUGUGUCUGUUUAAUUAGCAGAAAGCCCCAAUUUUCUAUUCUCUUAAUAGCUUUUAAGUGCUUUACCAACUUGGAUGGUAUAGCUGUAUUUGAUGACUCUUUAGACCUAUAUGUAAGGUGAUAAAAUGGGGUAAGUAAUGAUGUAUUCUAGUUCUUACUGUUAUAGUCAUUUAUCCAAUAUAAACCACAACUGCUGUGUAAAAAUGACUAAUUGUAACAUCUUGGUGAUCAUUGUAUACAAAUACCGUGAAGCUUAAAACAUAUUUUCAUCAUAAGAAGCAAGAGAAAUUUAGACUUCCCUUAGGCCUACCAUUAAGUGGUCAUUGUAUUAUUUGGUCUGUAUAUGCCCAAUACUUUGCAGUGUCACUAAUUAUUUUUUUUCUAGUUACAGUAAUAUUUCUCAGAUGUCACAUGAGCUGCCCCUUUCCUGUGACUAUAACAUGCUCCCUCGACUGAAGAGCAUUUAUAUGUUGAACUUUACAGGCACUUCAUAAAAAAAACCCACUACAUUUGUGCACCUACCUAUCAGUAUGACUUAAAUGCUGAUGGGCUUUCUUAAAAUGCCUAACAUAAAUUUAAAUCUGUAUUUUAAAUGUUAACUUGAGCAUUUAAAGAAAUGUGCUGCUAAGUGGUCAUGCUACAGGGGCUUACUCCUAAUGCCAGAAAUUAACAUCUACUUGAAAGCGCUGUAAAUGGACGCCUUUUUCUGUACGUGCUUAGCACUCCCGUGUGGACAUACAUGGUACUAACUGUUAGUCAUCCACUGCUGCUUUCUUGGAAAGAUCGCCACGGGUGGCGCACUAGCAAAAAUAGCUGUGGUAAACAUUGCUAUGAACCCUAGUACGGGAUUUGCUGCCCUCCUUAAAAAAAAUAGGUUGGAAGAGAAGGAAACUAAAAAAAGUUUACGCUAAAAUACACUCUCUUCAUGUAGUGGAGAAAUAAAGCGCAGCAACAGAGACUGAAUUAGGAAGUCUUAAAAGAGAUGAGAGGCCAUUCUCUUAAUUGGAUUAUUGCAAAUCCGCUUACGAGGGUCUUAAAUCAGAAUCUGUUCAAUCUCUGGCUUUCUCUUAUCAAUAGUAUCUGGCUAGACAGUUUAUCCUAAGUUGUUUGGUGCUAACCCAAAUUCUUUUUUUCAUUUCAUUACAUGGGAUUUACUGUUCUAGAGACAGUUCCAUUAGCUUCAAUGCAAGUUGAAGUCUUUCCAUUAUAACUCUAAAUGAACUUUCCCGUGGCUCUGUGUUGGUUUUUAUGUUUGAGGUUUGCUUGCAGGAUUUUUGUUUUUUGUAAAAGGGGUUUUGGUUUUUUGUUUUGGUUUUUUUUAAUGCAUAAGCCUUGAAUCUGAAAGAUUAAUGGGCUUAUUUUGGAAAUGGGUCCAAGCUGCCAGAUGGACUGGAACCAUUUUGCUUUACCGGCAGAUGUAAUAGUUGUAAAACUCCAUUGUCAUCUUGAUAUUUUCACAAUAUACAUGUUUUGGGCUUACCUAGAACUCUUACAUGGUCACUCAAAAUUAGAGUGAUGCUAUGAGAUUGAACACUUCUGUAUUGAAGUGUUCUAUUCCAGGCAUUGUAAAAUCAAUGUCUUAAAUUCAGUUACUGAGAAUAGGGAUCUUAAAAGUAAAUACUCCUAUUAGGUGUCAUUCAAAUGAGUAUUGUUGCUUAAGCACACAUGAGGAAAAAUAUCCUAGCAUGCCAUUCAAGUAACUUUGCUUACAAGUAAGCCUUCAUGUGCCACUCUAUGCUGCUUCUUAGAAUCCAGAGAGAAGUGCUGUGAAACAGCAUACAGGCAUUUGUUGUAGUAUUUAUAAGGAAAAGGAAAGAAGAUGAAAACACGGAAGUAGAUGGUGAUCAUGUAUUGCUUUUUGCAUGAAAUUGAGCUAAAACUACACCUAACUUGUAAGAAGUGUAGAUUUAAAAUGUGUAAUACUUCUGAGAAAAAAAACCUAUAAGGAAGCAGUAGUAUUAAGCAUAUCAUUCUGUGGUAUAGAUGUGUAUCUGUGCUGGCUCUCAUCCAUAAUUUACAAUAUAAAAACAAAACCCAACUCAGUGAGAAAUGCUUGGAGAUUGAAGUACUUAUAUAUUAUCAGUCUUUUAUAGGUUGUUCCUACAAGCUGUCACUAAUAGUUUCUAAAACAAGAACAAAGUGCUACAAUGCUUAAAACGUACUUUUUUCUAGUUGGCUUCAGUUUCCAUGGAUUUAACCAUAUGAUUAAAUCUCACUAACCUAGAAAGCAGCACAUAAGGAUGUCAGGCUGGAUACAGGUAGCUCAUGUAUUUCAAGGAAACUUUACAGUUUUGAACUCAUCUUUUCUAACUAAACAUUCAAUGCCUGAAUAAUUUUUAAAGAUGGAGUAACAAUACUGUGAAGUCUCUAAUGCAUAUAUGAAAUACUGGUGUUGAGGAUUCCUUCUUUCUACUGUAAGUCAGUGAUUAAAAACCCACAAAGGUUUGUUUUCAGUGAAAAUUUAAUUGGAAAGAACUUGAAGUUGAGCAAAUAGCUAGCUGUUUGUUUUCUGUGGCUCUUGGCUGUGUACUAACCUUUAAGGUGCAAACUAGGUGGGAGGAGAGGGUAAGACCACUUCUUACUGGGAGGAGCAGUGUGUGACUUUUUGAAUUAAAAUUACAUUGGCUGCAUGUUACAUGCAGUCUUAUCUGUACUACAGUUCAAAAAAGAUGCUGUAUUAUACUACUAUAGUUAGUGUUUGCACUUUUAAAAAUGAUUCUGCAGUGGCUGACCCAGUCCUUUGCUGGAUGAGGAGUGAGUGUUUUUGUCUUUUUCUUGCUGUCUGUAUGGUGAAAUGUAACUGGUUUUAGUUCUGGUAAAUGUCAAUGAAAAAAAUUGCAGAUCCCUUGGAUACAGUACCUGAGGUGUUUUAAGGUGUCUGUGCAUGUGUUUCUUCUGGGAGAACUAUUCUUCUUCCAAGCUGUGCCUAAAAAAUAAUAAUGUUAGCUCUUGUAUUUUCUCUCAGCAUAAUAUGGUCUUUAGGAGGUUAGCAUUUGUGACACUGCAAAGAAUUACUACAGAAGAAUCUCCCUUGUGCCAAAUGAGUUCAAUUUUCACAAAGUAUCUUUGAACUAUGCUUGAAGAUGACUUUUGGGUUUUGUUUUGGUUUUUUUUUAAUUAAGAGAAAAAGUGGUCAGAAAUGAGUCUGAAAUAAAAGCAUCUCCAGCAGUUGGGGUCAGGCACCAUGCAGGCACAUGGGUGUGGAAAGGCUUUCUCUGGCAUAAGCAAUAUUGGAUUCAGUACACAGUGGCUUCCCUAGGAAGGCAAACCAGGUUGUACUUGUACAGUACAGAUGGCUGUGAGCCAUCCAUCCCUCCCUGUCCUUUUGAACUUCUUUUGGGCUGACAGUGCAGUACUAAAGGUGGCAAUAGUUAAAGAGAGAAGAUCACUUACAAAUCAAAACUAUAAAUGGGGCUGAAAAGGCAGAUCUCUGUAAAACCACUCAUCAGAGAGCUGCAUUCCAAUUCAGCAGAGCAUACAAUUGGGUGCAUACAAUUGGUUACUUGAGAUGUGCAAGUUGUAUUUAAGAUGAGUGGGACUGUUUGGUUCUACGUUUUUGGGUUUUUUUUAAUUAAAGGUGGCAGGUGUGCUGAGAAUACCAAAAGAAAAGUUUAUUUCCCUGCUUACUUUUACCUCUUCCAUUGAAGUGUUUGUGUAUGAACCUUAAACAAUAUUACUGAACUCCAAACCCUCAUUACAUUUUGGGUAACUUAGCAGUGGUUUGUUACUUCUGUAAAAACUGGGUUUGCAUUUCACUUGUUUCAGUUUGUUGCCACUCAGAAUGAUGCUUAUGCUGAAGCCUGUGCUGCUUUAGACUCCUGUGUAGCUACAUCUGCUUCUACUAAUUGUAUUUUCUAAAUAUCUCAAUACAGAAGAGUAGAAUUUACAUUUGAGAAGACUUCAUAAUUAGCCCUAAAGCCGAAGGCAUUCUUGUCAGAGACAUCUUUGCACAAUUUGUACUUGAAAAUAUUUUCAAGUUUUGAAACCUAACAUGCUAGGACAUACUUCUUUUCCCUCAGGAAUCAAUUCUUGCUUCUUAAAUGUUUAGCAUAUUUGUUUGUGUUCAUUUUCAUGAUUCAGGAGAGUAUAUGUGAGAUGUGAAAAAGGUUCUGCUAGCUUUUGAGGUCAGGGUUAUACCAAGGAACCUGAAAGUAAAAGCAGAAAUACUGAUUUGAUGGCUGUGGUUCUCAUGCUUUCCAUGUGACUUUGAAAACUCUCCAGACUUCCCUAAAAACAGCACAGGAUCUCACUUUGGCUGCAGCGUGGUUUCAUCCUUGUCAGGUGACAGCUUUUCUUGCAGGACUUCUCCUAGGUUGGGUUGGAUCCUGGUAUCCAUAGCUCUUUAUGUCAAUUGGAGCUGUAUAUCCUACCUUGUUAAAACUAGGCAAGAAAACACAUUGGCUGCUGAGGAGCCCUCCAAGGUAAUAUGAGAAUGCUGUAAUGCCUGCAUGGUAAGAAGCUGAUAAGAUGGUGUUGUUUGUAGCUUCAGGGUCCAGUUCUGUAAACACCAUGGAGCAGAUACUACUACAAUAACACACUGAGAAACCUUUGGUGCUGUAGUUUCUACUGAUCUUUGCAAAUUGGGUGUCAUUUUCAUAAAAAUUCUUCACAAUUAGCAAGAGUUGGAUUUUAUGUUGUAAAACUUUCAGGAUGGCACUUUAUAACUGAUAUUUUAUCAGGUAACUGAGUGUUAUGGUUUGCUGCAUAUGUGCAAGAGGUACCAGAGCUAGAGCUGUGAUUUGUGCUGCAAUCUGUUCCCUGUGUUAAAAAAACCCAAACCAAAACCAACUAUUGCACUAGCUGUACUUUAAAAAAAAAGCAAUAAUGGGAGCAUCUUGUAGCUUUUCCCUCCAGAGGUGCUGUCAUGGUCACUUCACUGUCAACUGUGAAUUUGGUAAAACAUGUUCAAGAAAUUGUCCUAUGUGGUUUACUUGUUUACUUGGCACACGCAAGUUGAAAUUUUUUUUAUUGUCAGCCUGUGUACUAAUGAAUACAGGUGCACUAUUUACACAACCACCCACAUCUUUAAAAAUCAAAAACCUUACAUCUAUUUAUGGUGCUAAUAAUCUCAAAUAUUAUAAAGAGCUGGUAUUCUCUUAUUACACAUGAACACUAAGGAAAGCUGUUGUGACCCCUUUCAAUAAAAUAAAAUUUCUCUACAUUUUAAGCCUGUUCCAAAUGCUUUUUAUAUAAAUACACUUUUCUAUUUCUGUUUUAUAUUAAAAUGGCAAAAAAUAGUAUUUUAAUGCAGGAAAACAUUAGGAGUAUGUACUGUUCUAAAUUACAUGUCCAGUUCUAAAUUUUCAUACAUUUAGGAUAGCUCAUCUUCUGAAACUGUCUAAAAUAUAAGAAUUUCACUAGGUAGGAUUAAGGGACAGGCUGGUAGUUUAAAAUAAUUCUCUGGCUUCAUCAUCACUGUUGAAUCCUUGGGGACAGAGGGAGAGGAUGUGAAAUGGACAAAGCUGUAUUAGGAGGUCACUGAUUAUAUAGUGUAGAUGUAUAUUUUGCUGAAACUUUAAAAAACCCCAGACAGCUUGCGAUGGAUAUGACCAUGUAGCUGUCUGAAGAACAGAAGUGAAAAAACAUAAUCGUCAAAGCAGUUCACAGUAGGACAUUAUAAAAACAUGUGAAAAAACCUUAAACUAUAUUGUUUAGAUUGUGAAACAACAAAGUAAUUUUCUAGCUUUGUUUGAAAGCUUCACAAGCAACUUUUUCUUAAAAUAGUUUUUCAUCUUGUGCCUUCUGUUGCAGAAGUUAUUGUUGCCUUCCCCCCCACCGUUGGUUGUGAUUUUAUUGUACAUAAUGGACAGCGCACAUCCAGAUCUUUCCAAGAGGUGUUUUUGGGCAGCAGUACCUACACUUUCUAUCCACAGAGAAAACAAGCCUUUAGUUCUUGUUAAAGGCCCUUAUUUGUGAGCUUGCAGUUGUGAAGUAUCUGCUUGUGACAUGUGGCAGUCCUGCUGGAGUCAGCUCUUAGAUGAGCAUGAUGCCCUUAAUUCAUCUGGACAUGUGAGCGUGCAGAGUAGGUGCCAUGCCCAGCUGCACUGGUGGCACUGCAGCACACCCCUCUGCUCUGAAAUGGUUGUACCCCAGGUUGCUAUGCUUCAUAUACUAGAAUAAAUUCUCUUUUAUCACUUCCACCUAGUACCUCCAGAAGUAAGAGGGCUUCUCUAAGAUCUAUUUGAUGGAACUUCUAUAUCAGUGCAAUGAAUAUUCCAUGUUUAGAGUAACUUAAUUUAAAGCAGAAACAAGCCCACCACCUAGGAUACAACCAGGGCUGGGUGGGGUUUUUGUUGUGUGAAGGUGGGUAACAAUAGUCUAGUAACAAUAGUCUGGAUUGUCUUCCUACUUGUCUCCAUGCCUGCUUUUAUAGUAGGACCCUUGGAAAAGCCAAAGAUUGAACAAAGUUGUCCAUAAUAGUCCUAAGCCACUUUGAAAUAUAAUUUUCCUGUCUUAAUUACUAGAUGCUUCAGAGAAAAUGAAUUGUAUUUUUUUAAUUUACAAAAAAAGUCUUAUAAAAGUCUUGCAAUACUUACAGAAAUACUAAGAGGCAAAUGGCUGCAUGUUUCAAUGCCCUGCAAAAACAAAACCUUUAUGAGCAUGUGACAUGCACUUGACAAAAAGUGGGUUUUUUUAGCUUUAGCUGCUGUGUUACACUAGUGUCCUAAAGCAUAUUUCUGUAACUCAGAACUUUCAAAUACUUUCAAUGUGUUUUUGACAAGGAGAGUGUUUUUUAUGAAUAAAGUGCCUGUGGGAGUAAAAAUCCAAAAGUUGCAUGCAAGCUCAAAUAAAGCAUAUAAAACCACAGCCCACACUUGAAGAGAAUGGGUGCUAAGUCAGCAGCUGCAUAGAACAGCUGGUCAACAGUCCUAAGCAUUGAUAGGAUUCAAAGAUUAAGUUUGAGCAAAGAAUAUUAUGUUGCUUUUGAGAGUUUACUCUGUUAAUUAAACUUCCAAUGCUUCUGCUUGGGCCUUAACUCUGUAACUUGGUUAUCUUUAGGGAAAAAUUAGUUCCUUUGAACUAUUCUAUUUUUAAUACUUUUUUCAUGAUAGCCUUUACUCUGGUGGGGAUGUUUGUUUGCUUGUUAUAUGGAGCUAUUUUUUGACCUGUUAAAAGUGGAGUCACCAAAUGCUUUGAGUGAGUUAGUGGUAAAAGAGUUUGACAAAUGGUGUUUCCUUAAGUGCAGAAUUAAAGGGGUGUGAUUUUUAUUACACUGAUGCUAGGACUGAACAGGAAGGAUUUCCAUGGAUAGUACUGUAGUGCUAAAGCUUGUAUAUGUAGUUAAUAGGAGUAUGCAGAAUAGUAGUAAAGUACUUGGAUAUGUUUUGCUAUAAUUUCAUGCUUUAAAAAGAGGCUAUUUGGUUCUAACUUAAAUUGGAGAAACUGAUUUUAAUGUUGCAACAGCUAUUAUUUUAACUUGAAAUAUCCACUUAUCUACUGGUAUGUUAGAGGAAAAGCUCUAUUUUAUCACUUAACAUUUUGAAAUUAAUCACAUUUUCUAUCAAAAUUAAUGUGCAAUUAAAUCUCUGGACAUCUUAGAAUUAGCUAUAUGCCACUGAAACCAAACUUUCAGCUGCAUACAUAGGGAAGUAAGGCAUUUUUUAAAUCUAGUUCAGCUUCCUGACUAGACUGAGAAGGAAGUGGGGCUAGAUUACUCUUGUACAAAGAAAAAAGACAAAAACAGUAAUGUGUUUCAGCUGUGCUGAAUACCUUAGCUUCUUAUUUUCAUACUACAGAACUUACACUUUUCUGGAGAGUCAGAUUUAAAAUAUCCUUAGUUCAGCUAAAUUUUCAUCUGUUUUUAUAUAUUUUUUCUAAUAUAUGCAUUUUAUUUGUAUACAUUGUAAUUAGCCACUGAAUUUCUGCAAAAUAGGGACAAAAUAAAAGCUGCAUUCUCUUCUGCCAGUCAAAAUCUGGUUUUAGUUUUUCUGUUUUGUUCAUUUCAUGGCUGAUAAAAUGUCCACUUGCUGUUUAGAUUACAGAGACAGUUGCCUUAAUUGCUCAGAGGAAAACUGGCCUUGACCAUUUAAAGCUUUAUGUAUUUCUGAAAUUGCUGUAACUUCUGUAUAAUUGCAAUAAAACCUUUUUAAUACAGUUCAGCCACUA